GGAAGACGGGCCUCUGCAGGAGAAAAGCUGCUGCUCGGACCACGAUGAAAACGUUUCUGCUGUUACUGCUGGUGCUCCUGGAGCUGGGACAGGCCCCAGGAGCCCUUCACAGGGUGCCCCUCAGCCGGCGUGAGUCCCUCCGGAAGAAGCUGCGAGCCCAGGGACAGCUCACUGAGCUCUGGAAAUCCCAGAACUUGAAUAUGGACCAGUGCUCCACCAUCCAGAGUGCCAAUGAGCCCCUCAUCAACUACCUGGAUAUGGAGUACUUCGGCACUAUCUCCAUUGGCUCUCCACCACAAAACUUCACUGUCAUCUUCGACACCGGCUCCUCCAAUCUCUGGGUUCCCUCUGUCUACUGCACCAGCCCAGCCUGCCAAACGCACCCCGUGUUCCACCCUUCCCUGUCCAGCACCUACAGGGAGGUGGGGAAUUCUUUCUCCAUUCAGUACGGGACCGGGAGCUUGACUGGGAUCAUCGGAGCCGACCAAGUCUCUGUGGAAGGACUCACUGUGGUUGGCCAGCAAUUUGGAGAAAGUGUCCAAGAACCGGGCAAGACCUUUGUGCAUGCAGAGUUUGAUGGGAUUCUGGGCCUAGGCUAUCCCUCCUUGGCUGCUGGAGGGGUGACCCCUGUGUUUGACAACAUGAUGGCCCAGAACCUGGUGGCUCUGCCAAUGUUUUCUGUCUACAUGAGCAGUAACCCAGGUGGCUCAGGCAGUGAACUGACCUUCGGAGGCUAUGACCCCUCCCAUUUCUCGGGGAGCCUGAAUUGGGUCCCAGUCACCAAGCAGGCCUACUGGCAGAUUGCCCUGGAUGGAAUCCAGGUGGGGGACAGUGUGAUGUUCUGCUCCGAGGGCUGCCAGGCCAUUGUGGACACAGGAACUUCCCUCAUCACUGGCCCUCCUGGAAAGAUCAAGCAGCUGCAAGAAGCUCUCGGGGCCACAUACGUGGACGAAGGAUAUUCUGUGCAGUGUGCCAACCUCAACAUGAUGCUGGAUGUCACUUUCAUCAUCAACGGGGUCCCCUACACGCUCAACCCAACCGCCUACACCCUGCUGGACUUCGUGGACGGCAUGCAGGUCUGCAGCACUGGCUUUGAAGGACUUGAAAUCCAGCCUCCAGCUGGACCCCUCUGGAUCCUCGGGGAUGUCUUCAUCCGGCAGUUCUACGCCGUCUUUGAUCGUGGGAAUAACCGCGUGGGGUUGGCCCCAGCAGUCCCCUGAGUAGAGUUUUAUGUCCCUGCCACCUGACACUUGUGGGCUUGUUAGGUUGGGGCAUUGUUUACACUAAAAAAAAAAAAAUUCAUUUUCAGUA